AUGUGCGUGCGAUUGACGGUCGCUAAGCCUCAGUUAGUCGUCUGGCUCGAGCGGGAAAGGCAACAGAAAGAAAGCAUAGACCUCGAAAAUACAAGUAAUUCCAAGCACUACCAUAGAUUACUUUGCUUCAAUCUACAGUGUCAGUGCAUCGCGUGCUUUCGCAGAUCAAACAUGACUCGUUCGUUGCGCAAAUCUCCGUUGAAGAAAAAUCUCUACAAGCAGUACAUUGACUAUAGUCUUCAGUUGAAUCGCUGGUUUCUAAAGCCAAUCGGCAUCUGGCCGACCUCGACUAGCAAGGAAAAGAUGCUGUCGCGUGGUAUCCAAUUCAUCUGUUAUUCACUGAUAGCUUUUACAGUAAUACCUUCCGUACUGUACAUUUUCUUGGAAGAUCAAGAUGUCGACAUCCGCGUGAAGGCCAUCGGACCUGUUAGCCAUUGGUUUAUGGGCGCGAUGAAUUACUUGUCACUGUUGCUGCGCGGCGAUGAGAUACGUCGGUGUAUUAAACACAUGGAGGUCGACUGGCAGUUAGUGAGCAGAGUGCAGGAUCGAGAAAUGAUGUUAAGAAACGCUAAGUUAGGCCGCUUUAUCGCCGGUUUUUGUGCCGUCUUUAUGCACUGCGGUGUAUUCUCGUACAGCAUGAUAAAGAGCAUGUCGCCGCUGAUCAUCGUGAUGGGCAAUCAGACCGUUGCGAUACCGCGAUUACCGUGUCCAUUCUACAGUAACUUCCUCGACACGACGGUCAGAUUGACAAAUCAAAUCGUGCUCAUGAUACAGUUCUUGUCGGGCUUCAUAGUCAAUUCGAUCACGGUAGGCGCGUGCAGCUUGGCCGCGGUUUUUGCAAUGCACGCCUGCGGACAAUUUAGUGUGUUAUUUCUGUGGUUGAACGAAUUAGUCGGCGACGAUACGGAGAAAAGAGACAAAUUGGUCAAGUAUAAACUGGCUAAUAUCGUGCAGCAUCAUUUGCGUGUACUAAGUUUUGUGUCGUGUAUCGAACAAGUCAUGUAUCAGAUAUGUCUUGUUCAAUUGGUGGGUUGCACGCUCAACAUGUGUAUGAUUGGCUAUUAUUCCAUCACGGAAUGGGAUACGGAAGAUACCAAGAACCUAGUAACAUACGGUAUUUUAUUCGCGUCGAUGACAUUUAACAUUUUCAUAUUUUGCUACAUCGGUGAACUUCUAAGUGAACAGUGUAAGAAAGUUGGCGAAACGGCCUAUUUAACUGAAUGGUACCGUUUACCUCAGAAGACUGCCCUUAGUCUGGUUUUAAUCAUUUCAAGAUCUAGCGCUGUAAUUAAGAUGACUGCUGGAAAACUGAUUGAAUUAUCCUUAGCGACGUUCGGAGACGUAAGUCUCGAUAGUUACGAGGUUAUAUAUACUUUGCUUUUCGCACAGAAAACAUUAAUAUAUUAAAUAAUAUCAAAUUCAUAAUUAAUGUAUGAUAUAUUAAUGUGUACAAGUUUGUAUUAAUUAAUUGAUUGAUUGUAUUUAGUGACUUUUUCACACAUUAUUACAUGCUAUUUGCAUGUCUAUUGCAGAAUGAAAAGCAAUAAAUAUACCGUUGCAUAUAUAAUUACUCAAUAUCUUAGUCAUUAGUGUACAUACUUGUCUGAUUUCCUGAAAGAAAAAAGAAAAAAUA